UCGCCUGUGUAUGGCAAAAAUCCAAUUGCAGUGAGCGUAGAGAAUCCAAUAGGAAAAUAUCAAAAUAUUUUCGCGUUAGCACGGACUUAUUAGCAGUGAAAUGCAGUGAAUUAAUGAAAUAAAAAUUAACCUAUUCAACUGUUGAAACGCAAAUGAUUGAACGCGCUUUUGUGUGGCAGUAAAAUUUGUUUAUGCAAGCAUAAAGUUUAGUGUGUAUAGAGAUUGAAAAAUACCAUAUUUGGUCAGGCUUAGAAAAUCCACAAAUUGUGAAAAUAACCUGAGCGGCUGGAAAAGCAGUAGUUACAAUUUUAAUACUGUGUUACAAAUAAUAAACCGGCCAGAAAAAAUGAAAAGUAAUUGAAGUUUGCAAACAAUAUUUGAAACAAAACAAAAAUCGUAAAAGUGCAUAUAGUUUGAAAACGAAAUAUUUAUCUGAUACAUAUUUUGGCAAAUUGUGUUUUUAUUUUGACGUGUAUUUUAUAUGUGCGUUGUUUGUGUGUGUCAAUUUCUCAAUUGAAUUAUCUUUUUUCUUUACGGGAGCGUGUCGCAGGCGAAAAUUGCUUUACAAAUUUAAAUACUAAAUUUUGCGAAUAUUAAAUGGAACUUGUAGAUUUCCAAAGACAUAACUACAAGAAUUUAUUUGCAUUUGUAGGAAUUUCCUUAUUGGCUACAACUCGUUGGAAACGUUCACAAUUAAUAUAGUUGGCUGCCUGUGCAACUAUUUGAACUGUGUCUGCAUUUUGGUGUACGAAAAUUCCUUCAUUCAUUCCGGCAUUUCGGUAUAAACGCCGUCACAGCACCAACUUUAAACGUACGUGUAUUUUGUUGCCGUGAUCGUGUCGUGGUUGCUCUAUUUCAAACGUUUGCCAUAUCGCAAACACAACAGUGACUAAUUGACAUUUAAUCGUGCUGCAGUUUUGUUUUGUGGAAAAAUUGUUGCUGCAUUUCGUUUAGCGCAACUAAAAGCUUGUGUUAUCUGCAUUUGCACUCUCGCCGCGUAACAGAUAUAUUUGGUGUUUUCAUAGUUCCUGGAGUGUUUUUAUUGUUAUCAAACACGUUGUGCCCGUCGUAGACGUCACAUUCACAAUAAUGGCUGACUUUGAUCUAAAUGUGGAUAGUUUGAUACAGCGGCUACUUGAGCCGUUUAAAAAGCAAAAAGAGGCCGAAGAGCAGGCGCAAAAAAUGCUCGUCGCUCAGCAUAUGCUGCAACUGCAGAAGGAACAACAAAAAACCGAUGCACAAUCGCCCGGCGAAGCGGAGGAUCUGCAGGAGCAGGAACGGCGGCUGCUCGAACAAUUCGCGCUGUCGCCGCCCAGUGAGACGCUCAUCUCGGAGGAGGGCGAUCAAAUAACGGUACAUCAUCCGCGUGAAGAGCCCAAGAAGUCGAAAUUGAAAUUGCGUGAUUUUUUCGUGGCCGAAUUUGUGCGCAGCUGUCGUGCCGGCAAAUCCGUACAGAUGUCCGAAGCCGAGGUACGCGGCCUUUGCUUGAAGUCACGUGAAAUUUUUCUACAACAACCCAUACUGCUGGAACUCGAGGCACCGCUGAUCAUAUGCGGCGACAUACACGGUCAAUAUACAGAUUUAUUGCGUCUGUUCGAAUAUGGUGGCUUUCCGCCAGCCGCUAAUUAUUUAUUCCUCGGCGAUUAUGUGGAUCGGGGUAAACAAUCGUUGGAGACCAUCUGCCUGCUCUUGGCGUAUAAAAUCAAAUAUCCCGAGAAUUUCUUCUUGCUGCGCGGCAAUCACGAGUGCGCCAGUAUUAAUCGAAUCUAUGGCUUUUAUGACGAGUGCAAACGCCGCUACAAUGUGAAAUUGUGGAAAACCUUCACAGACUGCUUCAAUUGCCUACCUGUUGCCGCAAUUAUUGAUGAGAAGAUCUUCUGUUGUCACGGUGGUCUGAGUCCCGAUUUGCAGGGCAUGGAACAGAUACGUCGCCUUAUGCGUCCAACUGAUGUACCCGAUACCGGCCUUUUGUGCGAUUUGCUGUGGAGUGAUCCGGACAAGGAUGUGCAGGGUUGGGGCGAGAAUGAUCGUGGUGUAAGCUUCACAUUCGGUGUGGAUGUGGUGUCGAAGUUCUUGCAUCGGCACGAGCUGGAUCUCAUUUGUCGAGCGCAUCAAGUCGUUGAAGACGGCUACGAAUUCUUUGCGCGCCGCCAACUGGUUACGCUCUUCUCAGCGCCAAAUUACUGUGGCGAAUUCGACAAUGCAGGCGGCAUGAUGACUGUGGACGAUACGUUAAUGUGCUCGUUCCAGAUCCUCAAACCGUCGGAGAAGAAGGCGAAAUACUUGUACAGCGGCAUGAAUUCGUCACGACCCAAUACACCACAACGCAAUGCACCGCUAAUAGCAUCGAAUAAAAAGGGCAAAUAAUAUAUCCAUCCACUUCCAUUUCCUUAAAAAUUAAUUAAUUACUAUAUUAAAUUAAAAUUCGAGAAUAUUAAUGAGAAUGCAAAUAAACAACAACAACAACAAAAUAAACAAUGUAAUAACAAAAACUAUAAAAAGAAAAAGCAAACGAAGCGCGCUAGCAGCAAGUAAGGGCGAUAAAAUUUAAAAUGAAAAUUCAAAAAAUCCAAAAAAAAAACAACAAAAAAUAUACAAAAAAACUACAAAAAAAUAUAAAAAAAUGAAGGAGUUAAACAAUGAGAUAUCAGCAAUUACAGCAACAAUAAUGCAAAAACAAUACACAGGUUACAAAGAAAAUGUGCAACAUAAUCUAGAAGAAACAACAACAAAAAAUAAAAAUUAAAAAAAAGAAAACAAAUAUAAAGCAACAACUUGCAAAUAUUUAUUCAAUAAAAUUUUAUUUAAAAGUGUAUUAAUAAUGCUUGUAAAAUGCCUAUACACCGACACACUUAACUGUAAAGGUCAACAAACGAAAAUAACUAUAUAUACAUAUGUACGACCCUGUAUUUUUAUUAAUUUUAUUUUUAACAUUUUAGUAAAGUCUAAGUAGUUUAAACGAUUCGAAAAUCUAACUAGUUUAUUUAAAAAAAAGUUUAUGAUAAAUUGUUGUUGUGUAAGAAUGUAAAAUAAAGCAGCAAGCGAAUGUUAGAAAACUGCAUUCAAAAUGCACGCAUACAUACAUACAAAUUUGUUACAUAAAAAGUGUAUAGCCGAAGAAAAAACUGCGAACUUGAGCGCAAGCAGUGUCAGGCACGCAAAAUGUAUGCUCGCAUAAUACCGAAACGCUGCUCUAAACUCUGUUAAAUUCUGCGAAAUAUUGUAUGUAAAGUAGAAAGUGAAAUUAAUUUGAGCGAAAUGUCAAAUCGAUAAAAUUUCGAAAAACUGGAAAAUGCAUUUGGAAAAUAAAGAUUGUUGGUACAAAAUGUUA